ACCUGUGUAGAGAGAAAGAGAGAGAUUAGGGUUUGGUUGAUUAUUUCGCAAUGUCGUCGAAGAAGAUGAUCACAUUGAAGAGCUCAGAUGGCAGGAUUUUCGAAGUUGAAGAGGCGGUUGCACAGGAAUCUCAGACAAUCAAACACAUGAUCGAAGACGGCUAUGGAAACUCAGUCAUCCCUCUGCCUAAUGUAACCGGUAGGAUUCUUUAUAAAAUCAUUGAAUUCUGCACAAAACACGUCGCCGUCGAGGAGGACAUUAAACAGAAGUCCGUUGAACCGACCGUCGUCGUCGAGGACGUUAAACAGAAGUCCGUUGAACCGACCGUCGUCGAGGACGUUAAACAGAAGUCCGUUGAACCGACCGUCGAGGACGUUAAACAGAAGUCUGUUGAACUGCCUGUUGACGAUGAUGCCUGGGAUGCUGAACCAUCGGACAUUGAUGAGUGGGACGCUCAAUUCAUUGAUGUCGAUGAAUCUACCAUGUUCGAACUCAUAGUGGCUUCUAAUUACUUGAAUAUCAAGAGGUUGAUGGAUUUAUCAGCUCAGGCCAUAGCUGACAUGAUGAAGGAUAAAACCGUGGAAGAAAUCCGCAAAAUAUUCAACAUUCAGAAUGACUUCACCCCUGAAGAAGAGAUGAAGAUUCGCAAUGAGAAUUCUUGGGCAUAUGAGUGAUUGAUUUAUCAUCUACUACUACUACUAUUAUUGCUUUAUUAAAGUUGUUUUGUUUUGCAAUUGAACUUCUUUAAUUAAAUGAAUGUUUUU